AUGGAGAUGAACUACAAUGAAGGCGUUCUCCAUCAGAUCGAGGCGGAGAUAGGCCAGAUCAUCUUGCCUGGUACGGAAAUCAUGGCUGAUGUUGGCUCGCACCAUUUCGUGAAAUCUUCGUCUAAAUCAGAUCGCGUUUUGGUGCCUCAGCCUUCGCAAGACCCUCAUGAUCCUCUGAACUGGAGCCGCCUUUGGAAAAUGAGCACCAUGACCAUUGUCACGUUAACGACAUUUAGUCAGGGAUUUGGGCCUCUGGCACUGGCACCUAUGUUUCCAGAAAUGGAGAAAACAUUCAACAGAAGCUUAUCCGAUGUGGUUCAAUUUACCGGUGUCUGUAUACUGGUCCUCGGUUUCAGCAAUUUCAUCUGGAUUCCUCUCUCGACUUUAUUCGGUCGCCGCCCGGUCCUUAUCCUUUCAACUCUUAUAUGCCUUGCAAGCAAUGUGUGGCGAGCACUAGCGCCUAGCUAUGCUAGUUAUAUGGGCGCAUGCGUUCUUAAUGGGAUAGGUGCUGGUCCUGCUGAGACCACACAGCCCCAGAUAAUUGCAGACAUUAUGUUUCUUCACGAGCGAGGCGCUUACAACACCCUCUACUUCACCUUCUACUUCGGGUCUCUGACCGUGGGUCCGAUUAUCGCUGGUCCCAUCGCAGAACACAUUGGCUGGCGCAGCUUCUUUUGGCUGAACGUCGGACUGUUAGGCCUGUCGCUUAUAUUCUUGAUCUUCUUAUUCCCAGAGACAAAAUGGCACCGUAUACACCCGACCAAAAUCACCAAUAUACAACAGAAUACGUUACCAACUGCAAAUGAGUCUGAUCCUGAGAAGCCAGCAGGGGUGACACAUAAAGAGACGGCCGAAGCAGAAAGUUCCGGAGACCAAGAUCCAUACCUACACAAGGGAUUUCCCUCGAAAAAUCAGUUCAAGUUGUGGCAGGUGGAUGGAACUACACUUAAGGACGUCUUCAUCAGCUUCUGGCUUCCAUGGAAGCUGCUCGCAUUCCCUAUUGUUGAACUCUCGGCCUUUGUAGUGUCUUGGUCGGCGAGUUGCUUCUUGACAUUGAAUCUAACGCAAAGUCAAGCCUUCGCAGAACCUCCAUAUAACUUCAACAGUCAAACCAUCGGAUUCUUCAAUUUUGCGAUUCUCAUCGGCGCGUUCAUUGGCCUGGCUACUAACGGACCUCUGUCAGACUGGCUCUCUAUGAGAGCGACUAAGAAGAAUGGUGGCAUUCGUGAGCCAGAAAUGCGACUCCCGACUAUGAUCAUCUAUGUCGUGAUUAUGAUUAUUGGCAAUUUCAUCGUCGCCUUUGGCUACGAGUAUAAAUGGGACUGGCGCAUUAUUGUCAUCAUCGGGUACACUGCAGCGGGUAUUCAAGUUGCUGCGUUGCCAGCCAUUGUCAGCACUUAUGCUGUCGACAGCUAUAAGCCUGUGGCUGGAUCAGUAAUGGUUGCAGUCACUGUUAACAAGAACCUCUGGGGCUACGGUUUUAGCAAGUUUAUUACUGUGUGGGUUACUGAAAGUGGAUUUGUAAAACCUAUCAUGCUUAACAUGGCGCUCUGCACACUUUGGUGUCUUUUUGCGAUCCCAUGUUAUUCCUAUGGAAAGAAGCUAAGAGGGGUGACGGCUAAGUCGUGGGUUCACAAAGUGUAG